AUGCACAUCUUCAACAAUAUCCGCACCACUCAUGCUGCUGCUGGCACCGAGCUUUUCUAUGGAGCUUCCUCUGUGUUCUCCCUCUUGCAGCAUCUCGAUAUUCACCUGCCAAUCCAGGCCACGCCGGUGCCGCAGCCGCAGCCUGGCGUAGAUGAAGUCCAUGAUGGGGACGAGAGUAUUCAGCGGUAUAACUAUCAGAACAUCGCCUUCGACUGCAUACCACAGCCCACAUCUCGUGCAGUUCAAAGCGUGUUUAUUAGUCAGGACCUCGCAAGAGCCUCAUUACGCAACUUUCUCCUGACCGCUCACCACCUUACUCCGUUUCUGGAGCCCGAGAAGCUGAGUUUGACGCUCGAGAAGCUCUAUAUUCCGAGUGAGAAUUCAUCCUUGGAGCAAGCUGACAGGGCGCUUGUCGUUGUUGCAAUGGCCACUGGCGCGGCACUCGCGAAGGACAAUCCGUGUAGGGAGCACCUGCUCGCCCAAGCUCGCGCAGAGACUGAGAGCAUGCUCUACGCUAUCAGCCUCCGAGCAGUACAAGUCGCCCUCCUAAUGGCUCAGUGCGAGUUCGAGUCCGGGAAUCCCAACAUAUCCUACCUGCAGCUCGGCAGCGCUGUCCGCAAAGCAUUCGCUGCCGGUAUCCACCGCGCAACCUCGCUUGAGGCCAAACAGACAAUGUGGGCGCUGUACUGCGCCGAGAGCAUGGUAUGCUUCAUGAUCGGCAGAAAUCCCAGCAUGACGGAAGAUGAUAUCGUCGCGCCAACGCUUGAGCAGCCAUCUUACAUGGGCUCGUUUGUCCGCCUAUGCACCAUUGUUCGCUCCGCUUACAGCAUCUACCGUCCCGAUACCACCAUGACCGUAGCCAAUGAUAUAAGCCGCGCGAACUCCGUCUAUCAACAACUUCUUGAAUUUUCAAGCACUCUCAAAGAAGAUUUGUCACUCGAAAUCGGAGGACAACUAUACGCCCUCACCGGCGAGGCCCUCUCAUGGCACGUAACAAUAUCUUACCUAUACCACUUCACCGUCCUCAUCGUGUACCGACCCUUCGUCCUGCUCGCCUCCGAGCUCCGCCGCCGCCAGCAAAAAAGCGGCCGCAAACCCAACCUCGUCAUCGAAGCCGUCGAUCUCAACCCCGCCGUCCGCGCCUGCCUCAACUCCGCGCAGUCCAUCGUGCUGCUAUCCGAAUCUCUGUUUUCCCUCCAAAUCGGUGCCGAGGGCUUCUACAACCACGCCUUCUUCCUCGAAAGCGCCUGCUUCGUCCUCGUCCUCGCCGCCGUCUACGACCACGGCAAUGAAAAUGAGCUCGGCGGCGCCGUCCGCGAGCGCCACGUCGAGCUCGUCCGGACCGGCCUGGCGCUGGUGCGUAGGCUGGGCAGCAGCCUGAGCCGCGAGCCCAUCCGUAGCAUCGCUGCGGCGCUUGAGCAAAUGCUUGCGCGGGUGAAUGCGCUGCGCAACUGCAAUGCGCGGAGGGGUGCGAGCAACGAUGCGGUGCAAAGGGAAGAAGGGGUCCUGCGGGCCGCUGCGGAUGCGGAAGAGGAGGGGGAUAAUGGGCACAACCGGAUGUCUCCUGCAGCGCCGGCGUUUGGACAGGGUGGUGCCGCCGCCGCUGCUGCUGCGGCAGUUCCGCUGCACGGUGGUGGGGGCGGAGAGAGCAGCAACGAUGAUGUGCUGGACGAGCUGUGGUCGAUGACGGAUUGGGAUAUGAGCUUCCCGUUGUUGGAUUUUCAGUCGUAUGCGCCUAGGUGA